CAAACUCUCCCGUGGGUACAACUGUGCAACACAUCAUUCAACCAACAUUCAACCAUUCAAGAACAUGCAUUCAACAUUUUCUUAUUUUGGGGGACCAGAUGUUUAAAAAGAACACAUUUAGCGGAUUUUGAGUGAAUAUCUUUUUUAAAAAUAAACUUGUAAGUGAAGGCAUCUCUCAAAGAGACGUUUGAAGUAUUUUAAAUAUUGUUGACCUUUGUGUUUGUGGUGUGCUUCACCAGCAGACGACAACACCGUACCGUCGUAAUGUCGCAGUCAGCUGUAAGAAGGUUUUUAUCGUCAUCGACGGCUACUUUCUUGAUGUUUGGAGGUUAUUUAGCCCUUCUGCAUUAUGGAUGGCAAAAGUUGCAAUAUAGUCCUGUAGUCAAUGGUGGUGAACAGCCUUCUACGUUGACCUUAGAUAAAUUCAAGAAGGUGUUUGUUGGAGAAACCAAAAACAAAGAUGAUAAGUAGAAUGUUGAAUUGCGAUUGGAGAUAACUUUUGUAGUUUUAGUUGAGGUUAUCUUAAGUAUGGAGUUCAUUCUCGUCUCUAGCUCUAAAUUGAAACCAGCCCUUGAUGAUUUGUGCAAACUAUUUGCUACAUCAGUAGGACCUAAAGGAUGUCUAUGUCUAUUAAUGUCACCAGUUGAUUCAUUGGUUCUAACUUCUUCAUCCAGUAGGAUUGUUCCCAACAUUUCAUUUGAUAAUCCCAUUCUCCAGUUCAUUCAACAAUGUAUUGGAUCCCAGAAUAAAAAGUACUAUAAUGGUGGAUUCUACUGUGGGAUACUACUCACAAAGCUUUUAUCACGCAUCCUUGAGAGUUCCCUUCCCCAGCCUACAGUAAACUCUAUUCUCAAGGAAUUUGCUACCUUUAUGCAGAAUGAAAUUCUUCAUUCUGCACUUCGCAUAGAAGUAAAUUUGGAUUCUGUACAUCCAUUUAUGUUAGUGGCCCAGUCUAUUUUAUUAUCAAAGUGUGGUCUACAUAGGGAAGAAAACUCAGAUUCUUUGAUUCAUUCCCAAAAGCAAGCAUCUCUAUUAGUGCAGGCCUUUCUACAGUCAGAGGCAUCUCCUGGAAAAGUGUUUAUUAAUGUACUGGAAAAUAGUGACAAACAAUGUAUUUUUAAUGGUAUUCUGUAUAAGUGCACAGAAGAAGAAUAUGUUGUGCUUAACGGUAAGGUGUGGCAUAAUGUUUCAAUUCUGCUAUUUUCGGUCAUGCUUACAGACCAGAUUGAUUGCAAGGAAAUUGAUGUGCCAAAUGUUGUUCUUGCUAAUAAAGGCAAAGUCCAGUUUGAACUUGCUCAAAUGUUCAUUGAAAAAGCUAUUUCUAUGGGAAUAGAUGUAAUAGCAUGUCAGAAAGUUGUUCAUCCGAAGCUCUUACUUCAACUGAGACGUAAAGGUAUUCUGGUUGUACAACGACUUGGUAAGCGCAUGGCGGAAGCUCUCGAGAAGACAUCUGGAGCCAUUCCAAUUUCGAGUCUGGAGAUACCACUCCUUGAGUGUCUACCUCAGCUCAAGGGUUGUCUGGCAAGCGUACAACAUUUGGAAGAGUUCAACAACAAUGAUGUUCGAUUGGAAGGAUGUUUUGACUGUAAUAUUUGCUCCCUUCAGCUUACCACAAGAGCAAUAGGGGCUGGUGCUGAUUUGAAGGUUGUUGCUCAUCAGGUCUUAAUAGCACUGGGUCAAGUCUUCCAGGAUGUAGCAGUGUGUCCUGGUGCUGGCUGUUCUGAAAUUUACCUUUGCACAGCACUAUGGGAAAGGAUCCAAUCUGAAAGAGAAGCUCUCUGCAAGAAACUGGUGUGUUCGUCAGCUCAACUAAUGUCUGUUAUGGUAUGGCUUCAGGAGGGACUUCUUCAGGCUGCAGGAUUAAACUGCGGAAGUGGAAAAUUAGCUGUUGAUUCUAUCUAUCACCAUGCCUGGAAGGGGUCAGAUUCAAACAGUACUGUUGUUGACACUUCCUCUUGUAACUGUGGACUUGUUACCUCCCAGCAAGUAAAACAUUUUGAUGGAUCCUGGACUCUUGUUACCUUAGACAAUAUGAAACACUGGGCUGGCAUGCAUGAUAUUACCGUCCAGACCCCCUCAAUGGUACCCCCUCUGCUAGGGAAUAAUUCAAUAGUUGAUGUAUGUACCAUCAAAACAAGUGCCAUUGGUCUGGCUCUGGAUAGUUGUAUUGCUAUAGCAAACAUUGGUGCAGUAAUAGUUAAGAAAUCUUAAAAAUGAUUCACUUGAAAAAUAAUGGUGGUUGAUUUUAAAAGUUUCAUGAGUUAUGAACAAUUGCCCAUUUGUAGUUUUAUGUGUGGCUUUUUUAAAUCUAAUCCAAGUAUGUGUUGAUUUACUUGAUGUGUAAAUAGGAAUCUGAGAGGGCAGGUAAAAAUAUAAAGGUUUUUUUUUUUUUUUAAAUAAAGCAACAAUAAAUUGUGUGCAGGUUGCAGAAUGAUCUGCUGUUUCUUGCCUUGUUGAGGUACAAAAGAAGUACGACAGUUUACACAAACACUUGAAUCAGUGCCUAAAUCACUGAAUGUAUCAAAACAGUAAAUAGGUUGCAAAUAUAAUAUAACUGCUCUUUGAUAGUUUGAAA